UUACAGUUCAUCUUGUUGUCUGCUUGUGUGGCAUUCGCCAGCGCAGGAGUGGUGCCCUACCACGCUGCCCCUGCCUACGCUGCAGCCCCUGCCUACGCUGCAGGUCCUGCCUACGCUGCUGCUCCUGCGUACGUCUCACCAGUAGCCAAAUAUGCUGCAGCACCAGUAGCUUACGCUGCCCCAGUUGCUAAGUACGCUGCUGCUCCUGUAGCAUACGCAGCUCCCGUUGCCAAAUAUGCCGCCGCCCCUGUAGCUUACGCUGCAGCUCCCGCCUACGCCCCUGCGUAUGCGAAGGCUGCCGUUGACGACUACGAUCCUAAUCCACAGUACAGCUACGCCUACGACAUCCAAGAUGCUCUGACCGGGGACUCCAAGAGCCAGCACGAGAGCCGAAGCGGAGACGUUGUCCAGGGAUCCUACAGCCUGGUCGAGCCUGACGGUUCCAAGCGUACCGUAGAGUACACCGCCGACCCCCACAACGGGUUCAAUGCCGUCGUCCACAAGGAACCCGGAUAUGCUCCCGUGGCUAAAUACGCUGCUGCCCCCGCUUAUGCCGCCCCAGUAGCUAAAUACGCUGCUGGUCCCGCAUAUGCCGCUGCCCCCGCCUACGCACCUGUAGCGAAAUACGCUGCCCCUGCAGCAUACGCUGCACCCGCCUAUGCCCACUACUAGUGCCUGAAUAGUUGUACAAUUCCGAUUAGUUUUUAAGACAGUGUACAAAUGUGAUCCUUUAAGUUUAAGUUGUGUAUGUACAUUAUACUAUAACUAUCAAAAUUUUA